AUGCCGUCUGUAUAUGAAUAUUUGACGGAUCAACAGAAGAAUAACAUUAUGAGGAUACAUGUUGAAAUCGCUCCCGACUAUAUUAAGUUGAUUUUGGGAUUGCAGUCACUUUAUGGAAAAACCAAUUACUAUAUCAAUUAUGAAAAAUUCGGAAGUAAUACUACAAUUGUGAUGUUCGAUAAAGAAGAUUUGGAUCCAAUACAACACAAUUUUGUAGACGUGUUCUUAGAAGAUUUAGAGAUGCUGAUGGUGCAUCGGAAAACCGUUUUGUCAUACAUUUGUAUAGAUUAUUUCCGAGCAACCGUCGACGAUCGUGCAAGAAUUUGUGAACGUCUCGAGAUGAGUUUGAAAUUGAGAAGUACGGCGUUCCCUGUCGAACAAGCUGAAUUUCGUAGAACUACCAUAGCCCAGGCGGCAUCAUUCACACGGUUACUGGAUCGAGCGAAAUUGUCGAAAGUAGUCUUAUGGCAGAUAGUGGAUCCAGAAAACCUUGAAAGGUUUCUGAACGAAUUCAAAAGUGAGAAAGCCAACAACGACGGUAAUUUCAUCAGCAUCCAUGUCACAGAAGAGUUCCGAUUCGAAUUAGAUCAAAUAUCACAAACCAAACAAUGGAAGAGUGCUGAACAAUUGAUUUGCAAGCAUUUGACUAUAGAAACACCAAUUCAAGAGAUGAAUGUUUUGCACUUUGCUGAUUUGGAAAUUCUAGUGGAGGCGUUAUCCUCUGAAGAUGUGGCUUAUCUAAAGACAGAAGUUUCGAAUGUACCCGAGAAUUUUGUGAUCCCAUUUGAAGCACAAAGUAUUCGUGUUUUCCCGGCUCCUUGGAUCACAUUUAAUCAUCUGGAUUCCAUGAGAAAUUGCGUUUCAAUCGAGUUGUCCGGUUCGAAUUUAACAAAUGAAGACAUUCAAAAGUUCAUUGAUAACUGGAAACAAGGUCGAUAUCCAAAUCUUCAAUGGCUCAGUGUGGAAAGUACCAAGUUUACUGAUAACUUUUCGAUCGAUGGAUUAGAAUCUCUUGAGGACACAUCCAACAUUUGUGAGCAAAGAGAAGUUUCGAAUGUACCCGAGAAUUUUGUGAUCCCAUUUGAAGCACAAAGUAUUCGUGUUUUCCCGGCUCCUUGGAUCACAUUUAAUCAUCUGGAUUCCAUGAGAAAUUGCGUUUCAAUCGAGUUGUCCGGUUCGAAUUUAACAAAUGAAGACAUUCAAAAGUUCAUUGAUAACUGGAAACAAGGUCGAUAUCCAAAUCUUCAAUGGCUCAGUGUGGAAAGUACCAAGUUUACUGAUAACUUUUCGAUCGAUGGAUUAGAAUCUCUUGAGGACACAUCCAACAUUUGUGAGCAAAGAAUUCUUGUUCCUGUUUUCAUUUACAUCGCCAUGAAACCUUCACAUCAGGAUGCCUGCGCUACCAUUUGCAUGUGUAUCAGAAGUCAAUCAAUUUCUGAUUGGUUUAUUGGCAAUUCAACGAUUCUUCGUUUAUUUCUAUCCGAGCACCGAGAAAUACUUGAAUUUCUCCAGAAGAACGGUGAACUGGAUUCUGGUAGUUGCCUAUGCAUGUUCAAUUUCAGAAG